AUGUCGGACUCUUUCUUCGGCUUCGAUACUACAAUGCCACCAUUAAAUAAUGAACAGUUGGCUGAAUUAAAUAGUGAAAGCAUUGAAGAAAAAGAUGAUAAUGUAGAAGAAAUUGAAAAGAAAUUUAAAAAUUGGCUCCUUCAACCUGAUCAAGAGUACGAGUACAAUUUAAGUUCUCAAUUGGAAGAGGCAGGAGACGAACUUAAUGAUUUAACUUUUGGAACAGAAGUAAAUAUUGGAAAAGAUUUUGAUUUUUUUGAAAAUAAUACUAAAAUUACCGAUACAAUAAAGAAUGAAGAAGCUUUAUAUGUUAAUCGAGGGGAAGACUUUAAUGCGGAAUUUUUCGAUGAGAAUAUAGCCAAUGGAAAAUCUGGACAUACAAAAGAAAUUAUAGGAACACCAACAUUACCCGAGUCACCAAUAAGUCCUUCAAUAUGGGGAUCUUUUCAUCCUCAAUCAAAUCGUAGAGAUUCUCUUAGUCUUAUUCAAGAAAGUAAUAAUAUCAAUAACAUGACAGGUCAUUACGGUAUUCCUCAACGAUACCCUCCUCUCCAAACAUCUCCUCCACCUGGGGGAAUUCCUGAAAAAAGGAUGUUGAGUUUAGCAGAAGUUGAGGCUGCUAUAUUAGGUUUAAAUGGUAUCCCUCCUCCUCUUCCUAUGUUUCCUUCAACAACAGAUGCUGCUUUGAGAGAACAGGAAAAAAUAUCAAAAUACAAUGGUCUUAUGACCCAAAGUGAUAAAGAUUAUGUAAACCGCAUUCAAAUAUCACAGCUCGUUACUGAUGAUCCUUAUGCUGAUGACUUUUAUUGUCAAGUUUAUUCCGCAGUGCGAUCACGACAAUCACAACCACACAUGGGUAACUUUUCACAUCAUCAUGGUGGUAAUAAUGGUGGAGGUUUCAUGGGUCAUGAACGUGGUCGACAUCGAAGUAGAGGAUCAGAAAGUGGUUUAUUCAAGAUGCAACAACAAGUUUUACGAAUAGUAAAUGAUGCUAGAAGGAAACCAAAGUUAACUCAGCUAUCACUUGAAGGUGCUUUGGGUAAAAUUGCACUUAAUUCAGUUCGUAAUCCUAGGCAAUUAUUACAAGUUUCUACAAAACCACAUGAUACGCAUAAUGCAACUGUUAGUUCUCCUGGACAACAACAACAACAUUUUCAUCAGAAAAUACCCUAUAUUACAACACAUGGUGUCAUGGAUCAUAAAAAGGUAUUACGUUCUAUUGAAAAUUGUUUUUCUGCUGUGAAUGAUGAAUGUUCAAAAAUAAUAAAAUCGAUGUGGGAUGAAUUAAGAGUUGAUGAACAGCCUGUGGGCGCUGGUAUACUCUCAGUGAGAAAAGGGAAAAAGCUUAUUCCACGAAUCAUAAGAUAUUUUGCAUCAGAUCAGAUGAUCAGUUUGCUUAGUGUUUUAGUGAUGAAUUUUGAAUCACUAGAUGUUUGUAAAGGAGCAAUAUGGGGAUCUCAAAUAUACGGUGCCUUAACAAUGCUUGAAGAUGUAGAGCUUUUUAUGAAUACUGUGGUUCCACCUCUAUUGCAAUACGUUGCAGAAGCCCCAAUUCAUAUUAUUAGUAGAUUAUUUGCAUUUUUUCUUGAAAAGAAUCAAAUUAUUUGGGUUUCAAGAUGCAAGGUCGGAUUGGCUUUCUUGACAAUGUUUUUGAGUCGUGCUGAAAUAUUGAAACAAGGUGGAGGAAAAAAUCAAAGUUUACCAAUUCCUGAUGAACAUGAACUUUUACAAUGGUAUUUCAUAAUUAACGAAUUUUUUAAAGAAAUAAAUGACUUAUAUAAUAGAUUAUUUAAUCUUUUACAAGGACAUUAUGUUUCUUUAUUUCCUCCAUUUGGAUAUGGUAUUGAUGACAUGUAUGUAUGGCAAUUUCUUGCGGCAAUGGCUGUUGGUGCUUCAAUUGAGCAACAACAUGUUUUAGUAACUGAAGUGAGAGAGAGGGUAAUUGAAACAAUAUCAAAAGCUAACAAUAGAUUUGCAUCAGAUAAAACAGUUCAUAAAAUUGCAAAUGUCAAUUUAUUUUUAAAUGCAUUAGGACUUGAUGCAUCUCAGUUAAAUCUUUAA